CUUCCGGAUUAGUUUGUAGCUAUAAAUACUCCGGAGAUCGUCACAGUCGAUUCUUCUUCCGCCUUUUCCGCUGUGGAAAUCGAUCGUCGUCGGCUCCUCCUCCGCCGUCCAUCAGAUUGCCGGCCUGGUUCGAUUUUCACAAGCUUUCCAUUCCUUCUCAUCUCCAACAGCAGGAACCCUAAGACUGGGGAUUUAAUUUCGCUGCUGAUUGCUGGUUAUCCUUGCCCCAACGGAAGAGGGAGCUACUUUGUGGGAGACAGCAGAUAGUACCGAAGCAGGAAAUAGUUCGGUUGGUUUUGGCGGCUGCGUUCACCUGGCGGCGACUCGAUUGGAGGUUCAGCAUACAGCCGGGAUGGAUACAAGUUUCGCCAAGGAGCUUUACUCUGAAAGCUUGGAGCUUUCUACCGCCAAAUUGAAUGAUCCCGUCACAGCCCACCGUAAGCACUCUACUGACCUCCAUCUUCGGGGGCAUGAACUUUUACAGGAUUCGAGCUUAUGUGAAGGUGACUUCGAGGAUGAUGAUGAUUGGUCGGAUAAAACUUCCGAUUUGGAUAGGGUGUGGCAGAAGAGACGCUCCGAGUUUUAUGCAAUUGGAUAUCGUGAUGGCCUGAUUGCUGGGAAAGAAGCUAUCGCGCAAGAAGGAUUCAAUAAUGGGUUUAAGCAGUCAGUGAUUGCAGGAUACAACUGGGGCACUGUUAGAGGCGUUACCAGUGCAUUUUCUUCCUUGCCGGACAGUUUAAAGGAAAAGUUGGUUCAAACAGAGGAAAAGAGAAAGAAAUUUCAAGAACUGCAUGAGUUGGUGAAUUCUAUUACAACAACCAAUGCUCUCAAGCUAUUUCAUGAAGAUGUACUGGCAGAGGAAGCAGCAGGGAAGAAGAUUAAACACAACGAGACUGGUGAAAACCCGCAAAAGGGAAGUUCCAGUUUGAAUUCAAGACAUUUUGGACAAUAUGCCGAAGAUCUUCACUCCCUUCUUCAUGAUUCUCCAGCAAUCGAGUCAAAUCUUUUGGCAGAGUAGAGAAUGGUUACAUAUGCCAAGUAAGAAGUAGCAUAUUGACACAUUUUUAUAGAGCUACUAGAGAUUGAAAGAUGUGCUUCGCAGCGGCAUGUGGUGAUAUAAGUGUUUGACGUGUUGUUUUGGAAACCCGUUUACUAGAAUAAAACGGCGAGAUGAGCAACAUCACAAUAGGUGUAAGUAGCUGCAUAAUUUGUUGAUCCAUCCAACUUUCAGGAUUUGUACGUUCGUCCGCAUCUAUACACUUGAUCCUCAUCUUGCGGAAAUACAGGAAUAAAACAU